UGACUGCAGUAAACACUAUUUAUUUUUGUUUUACCGGUAGUAGGCCGUUGAACCGUCUCUGAAACUUUAACGGUUUUCACUCAUACAUAAUUGAGAGGAGAGAGAUGAAGAUGAUUGAUGCAGAUUGUAUAUACAACCAUCAAUGGACCAAGCAGCUUUUCAUGGUGGAAAAACUGGAUCAUUUAUAAGAGAAAUAUAUACAUAUAUAUAUAGAGCUACACUCGUUUUCUUUGUCGGGUUUUGAGUUGUUGUAAUUUGGAGGUUGAAAUUAAUGGCUGGAAUGCUUCCUGGUGUGGAAUGCGCUCGGAGGAGACGAGUCCAUCAGAGCGGAGAGUCACCGUGUGUCGGCGGCAUCCAUGGCAGCACCAGGCGGUCUUCUUUCUGUUUGUAUGCUAGCAACCAUGAUUCUCACCACACCCCCACCUCUUCACUGCAAAGAAGCAUACUGAACCAAGCAUACAUGGAUGAGAAGCUGGGAGUGGAAGCCAGAGAAGCCAAGGGGAGAUUAGAUGAAAGACUGAGAACACAAAGAAAACCACAACCCAAAAGGCAUACUAAUGGUGGUAACAAGGGACUGAAAUGUGUGGAUGGAGGAGGAAGAUCAUCUGUGGUGCUUGGGGAGUUGCAGAAAGAAGUUUACGGAGCAAACAAGAGUAGUAGUAGUAGUACAAGUGGGUCAAAGAAGUUCAGCUGGUCAAAGCUGACCUGGAAGUCAUCGGACCAGGAUGAAUGUGCAGUCUGCCUGGAGAGGCUCAGGCCAGGUGAGGCCCUGGUGCACCUGCCCUGUGCCCAUAGGUUCCACUCUGGUUGCAUGGUUCCAUGGCUUCACAACAAUGGCCAUUGCCCCUGUUGCAGAACGGAGAUUAUCUCCUAGUAACUGUAUUGGUAAUUUGGUAAAUGCAAAUUGAAAAAUACAGAUUGAGCUUGCAGUUGCAGUUGUAGAGUUGGUUUGAAGUUUGAACAAUUAACUUUGUGAUGCUAAUUGUUUGGUUACCAUAUGUUUUUGUUAAAGUGAAUAGUUGCCAAGUA